AUGGUAGUUUUACCAACAAAGAGAGAAAGAGAAGGUGAAUUUAAGACCAUAACAAGUAUGGCGAAUUACUUGAUGUUGUUUUCACGUCAAGAAAAUCAUUUUGACACGAUGAUGAACAACUCUCCUAGUCGAGUUUUUGAGUGCAAAACUUGUAAUAGACAAUUUUCUUCAUUUCAAGCACUUGGUGGUCAUCGAGCAAGUCAUAAGAAGCCAAGAUUAAUGGGAGAAUUGAAUUUUCAAUUGCCAAUUUCUCCACCUAAACCAAAAACACAUGAGUGUUCAAUUUGUGGACUUGAAUUUCCUAUAGGACAAGCUUUAGGUGGACAUAUGAGAAGACAUAGAGGUAUAUUGAAUGAAAAUAAUAAUAAGAAUAUUCAAGUUCAUCAUGUUGUGAAGAAAUUAAAAAGUCCGAGAGUUUUGUGUUUGGAUUUGAAUUUGCCACCAUUGGAGAAUGAUCAUUUAGAGUUCUUGUGAUUAUUGAACAUUGGAUAAAAUAAAUCCUAUCUAGAUGUAUAGAAUUAAGUUAAUUAAUUCUUCUUAUGGAUCAUGUUCUAGAUAGGGGUUUAUUUAUGUAUUUAUAGGAUUGGAGCGAUGUUACUA